GGGAGGGGGAGGGGGCAUGUCAGCGACACGGCGUGGCGCCGACGGUCUAAGGGGCCGGGUGGAAUCAGCGGCAAUACACCAGCCAGCGGCACCUUGCGCAUGAGCUCCCGGACUGCCGACUCAGCAUCGUCCGUCUGGAAGUCGGAUCCGCUCAUGGUCGUCGUGUGGUUCAACUAUUACAUGACUGGCUGCGGAGCUGCCAUCCGGAACAUGAGUUGGGAAGAACCAUACCACCAUCAGUCAAACAAUCACACUGCUCCGCCGUCACACUGCCACACCCGCCGGUGGAUGGUAUCGUGGUACAGCCACAUGGUUGUAAGGGAAUAAGGGGGGACUUCCU